GUGUGGUCCGCCCGGGAUGCCGUACUCAGUGUAGGGCAGUUCCGUCUCCCCCCCCGCCUCCCCGAGCAGCGGCGCUGUGGCCCCUCCCCCGUGUCUUCUGCCCCCACCGAUGUCCGGUCAGCCCGCAGCCAGGUUUCCAGAUGUCUAAACCGGAUGUUUUAUCGAUAAUGGAAAAUGUAGAUGAGCCGUUCGGUCAGGAAAACAAUCAAGCUAGAGCAAGUCGCGUGGAAAUUUCAGAAUGUUGGCCCAGUGGAAGGACAGAAGAACCAAGAUCAUUUGCUCCCCUUGUUGGAAAGAUACCUGAAGAACAAUCCACUUCACAAAACAAGCAAACCACACUUAUUGUGAAUGAAAUCGACAACCAAGACAACCAUUGGAGGGAGAAAACAGUCCAUCCAAUCAUUUCCCAUGAACCAGACAGAGGUUCAGUCGAAUAUAGUUUCCCGGCUGAACAAAGUUCACCGACAUCACUGCCUCUUAUGGAAAAGACAGGAAGCAGAGAAGAGGACAUCGUGGAGCAAGCAGCACAAGGUGCAAAAAUUACUGGAACAGGAGAGGAUGCAAGUGCACCACUGGUGCUUCAUGGGGUUUCUUCAAUGCCAAGCAAUUUUAGUAAGCCUGAAAAAGGAGAUGCGGUAGCUUCCAGGCCUCACGGAUGGUCUAACGUUGGCCAUCAAAGCAAGACCAUGGAGACAGGUAGAAGAAAAGAUAAUGAACCAGCAGAACAGCCAAACCAGAGAUUCUGGGGUCUCUUUCAGUGCUCCUUCUGCAAUUUUGUUUUUCAAGAUCUUUCUGAACUUCUUCAACACCAAGAAACCCAUAAUCAGGAGAAGUUCCAGGGCAUUGGAAAUGAAGUGUCCCGCCCGGAUUCUCAGCAACAACAGCCUGUGUUGGAGUGGAGAAGGUACCGCUGCAUAGUGUGCGAUAAGACUUUCUGCAAACAGUCCUCGCUGGUCACACACUUACGUAUACAUACUGGCGAGAAACCAUUUUCUUGUCACGUUUGUAGAAGAAAAUUUAACCAGCGUACAAGCCUCACUGUCCAUUUACGCACCCAUACAGGGGAGGCACCAUUUCCCUGUAACAGGUGUAACAGAAGUUUUCGACAACAGUCCAAUCUCACCCACCACAUGAAGAGUCAUCAGAGAACUGAAGAUAUUGAUGGAGCUGAGUGGAGCGAAGAGAACACAGCUCCCGGUAUUCCAUUCAUGUAUUUGAUAUCUGAAGCAGAUGACAGUAACAGCGAAGUAUGGGGCGGCAAGGUUCCCUUUAUUAAGAACGAUAAGGGAGAAGAUUCUGGUUCUUGUAAAAGGCCAUAUGUUUGCGGCCAUUGUUUCAAACGAUUUACGCAUCAGUCCAACCUCCUGGUCCACCAACGCAUUCACACAGGAGACCGAUCUUACCGCUGCCAAGAAUGUGGCAAACAUUUUACUCGUAGAACCAGCUUGAUGGUGCAUCUCCGGGGCCAUACAGGAGAGAUGCCUUAUUCCUGUGUACAGUGCGGAAAAAGUUUUCGCCAACAGUCGAACCUCCUCUACCAUAUGAAAAGUCAUGUGAUGUCAAUUGAGCCCAAAGUGGACACCUCUGCAGAACAUGAACAACAUGGGAAGCUCUCUGGGCAGCUAAUAGGGCCAUCUGGACAGUAUGUCGAUCGAGAGAAUCCACAAUUAUUAAAUACUAGUGGGGAGAGAGUUGAAGAAGGCCAAUUGAGAGCUUUUCAGUGUACCCACUGUGCUAAAUGGUUCCCGAGUUCACACAGCCUUCUGUUGCACCAAAAACUUCAUGUGGAACAACCUAGCGCUGCCAUGCAUCGUAGAGAAAUACAGGUCCCAUGUCCUAUUAAUAGGAGCCUUCCACAUAAUUACACUGAAAACUUGCUGUUACCUCGCCAAGAGCAUGAGAGCUAUCCAUCACAUUUCAAGCUAUCUCCUCGAGCAGAAAGCAACUGUGUUGUGGGGACAUUGAACAGUCUAGAAUCAAACCUUAUUCCCCAAACUGGACAUAGCUCUAGUUUCCAGAGAGUCGCGAGUCACAGUUCAGAGGGAACAUCUGGUAAAGGUCCUUACCAUGUUCUAGGAAGAGGAAGACCAAGGAAAAUCACCUUGCUAGGACAGGGCCAUGGCCAGAUGGGAGCAUUUUUGGGUGGGAAAGCAGUACACAGGUGUUGGAAGUGCCCUCGUUAUUUUAACAACAAGUCAAAUUUAAUUGUUCACUUGCGUAUUCAUACUGGGGAAAAACCUUUUCAGUGUUGGCUCUGCGAGAAGAGAUUUAGACAGCAGUCAAAUCUGAUUCAGCACCUCAAGAAUCACGAAGAUGUUCUUGGAGACGAUCUUAUACCACGUCCAAGGAAAAUCUUAAAUAAGGACCAGCCAAAUGGAAAAAAUGUUCAGGGUUUAGGCUUGCUUCAGGCCUCAGGCUCCCCUCAGCCUCAUUUGGGUUUCCUUCCUUUCGAUAGAAACCCCAUGCAUCACAACGGUCAGCUCUACGAGGCCCCUCAAACAAUACACCUAGGUGAUAUAGCGUCUAGUACAGAGUGUAUAUCUAACAAUUUAGAUGGCAGUAACUCACCAACAUCACCUGAAAGGAUAUACAAAUGCAGCAGCUGCUUUAAAACAUUUAAUCACAAAUCCAAUCUUUUGGUCCAUGAGCGUAUCCACUCAGGAGAUAAGACUUACCGUUGCCUGGAGUGUGGCAAGCACUUUAGCCAGCGCACCAGCCUGAUGGUACAUUUAAGAACUCAUACAGGUGAAAUGCCGUACUCUUGCCUUCAAUGUCGGAGACGUUUUCGUCAGCAGUCUAAUUUGCUUUAUCAUAUAAAGACAAACACAGUUCAAGGGCAGCUGAAUUGCACACCAGAAAAUCUGCCAGGUUCCCCAAUAAUUCCUAGGCUAGAGCCGGUGGUUGAAGCUAGUAUGAGUUCCAACAUGGAGGCUUCCCCUGGGCCUCCACCUUCCUGGGUGCAUUUGGAAGCCAGUCCUAAAAAUGAUGCCACAUCAUUAGAGAUCGGAAAAGCAGAGUACAACUGUCCUGCUUGUGACAAAGUUUUUACUCAUCAAUCAAACCUCCUAGUUCACCAGAGGAUCCAUUCCGGAGAGCGUACGUACCACUGCCACGAGUGCAACCGCCAGUUCAGUCAGCGUACCAGCCUAAUGAUCCACUUGCGUACCCAUACUGGGGAAAUGCCCUAUUCUUGCCAGUGUUGUGGAAAACGGUUUCGCCAGCAGUCGAACCUUUUGUAUCAUUUGAAAAGCCACGUAGGGCAGGGCAUUUCCAUUGAUGCUGAUCAAACUGCAGAGUAUGCAGUGCCCAGGGCAAGAGGCCGUCCCCGUAAAACCGACUUGAGUGACACAACAAGAGAAAAAGGAGUUGCACCCCGUGGCAAGCGUACAUACAAGUGCACAGAAUGCCCCAGGCGCUAUAACCUUAUGUCUAAUCUGGUUGCUCACCAGAAGUCACAUGACCUACAGCCUUUGUACAGCUGCUUGGAAUGUGGAGACAGCUUCCUCCAUCAGGGUUAUCUUUCUGUCCACAAGAAGCAGCACUCCAAGGUUAGCACUCCUCAUCAAGGAGUGCAGUUCUGCUGGAGACCAAACCAUGAGUUAAUGGAUGCUCGAAGCCCAGGUACAGAGCCCGAGAGAAGUUCUGUAUAUACACAGCAGGAAAAGUAGUGACAAACAAGAUCUGCCACACAUAUAGUAGGGCCAAACAACGUGGCAAAAGAGCAAUACUUGACCAGUAGUAGACCUUUCAAAUUUGUGUUUCCGAAGAUGCUACCUUAGGAAAUGUGCUUUUCAGGUAGUAACCGAACAAUCCGGUUGAUGUCACUGUUAGCCAACAUAGGCUAUAUAUGUGUUCUAUUACAAUGGUGAUGGACAAUAUUACUGUAGAAAGAGUAAGAAUUCUCUGAAAAGAGGUGGCCCAAUACAAAAAACUGUAAAGGACCGCCUGUUCUUUAAUUUUUUUUAAGCUGUUGCCAUGAAUAGUUUGGCCCUAAGUAUGCAGAUAAGCUGAGAAAGACCUCAACCCAAAACCAUUUUUUAGGUUUUGAGCGCACACUACCAAUAACAGAAAUUAAGUAGAGUGAUGCCUCUGCUAUCUCGGUUUUGAAGCUUCUCUAAUGAUCAGCUGAUGCAGUAUGCUACAUGAUUCGGUAUCAAGCCCACUGAUCUUGAAGGGCUUGACACCAGCUGAUCAUGGGGCAACUUCAGCACAUUGUCGCUGAGAAAUUCAGGCAGCAGAGGUUAAUUUUUUUCACAAUUUCAUGGAUUCCAUGGUGGGUCUGUUUUGGAACAUUGGGAUAGAGUCCAAAAUGGUGUUAUAAAAUGAGAAGCACUUUUGUGUUUUUUUUUUAGCUCUUGCCUAAAGGAACGCCUGCACAGAAUGGAACUAAUAAGCAUUUGGAUGGCUGAUAAAAGUGAAUGUAGUGUUUGUCCUUGAUUUGGCAGCCAUUUUGUAUGCUGCCCCAGCAGAGAUCGCAGCCAGAGAACCAGUCAUCCGCAAAAUAAAGAAAUGAAUGAAAUUAGAAUCUAGCAAGAUCGCUAGUUCCUAAUCCAUUGGACUUUGUGCUGGAUGGAUGAACAAUUGCCUCAUGCCACACUAUAGCUACGUUGUUGCUACUUAGGUGCCACAAAGCUUAAAGGGAUUCUCUACUUUAAAAAUGAAUCUGUACUUUAUACUGAAGAGAUCCCCAUCCUGGCACCACCCUUCGUAAGUAAUAACACAGAUCCUUCUCUUAUAGUGAUCAUAGAGGUCCAUGAUAUCAGUAUGGUUUGGCGGUAGUAUGGGGGCAUUGUCGGCAGGUGGUGUUUUAGGUGCAAUCCAAGAGUGCAGGUUCUAAUCCAGGAAAAACCAGGCCUGUGUGAGAAGCAAAGGCUUCUCUGCAUGGUGUGGCCUUCUGCAGGGGUCAAGUUUAGCCAAACUUGGAGGAUUUCUUUAAUCUUUGGCAACAGUUUGUGUAACUCCUAAUGUCAACUGUUAUAUUGAGUCUAUAGACUGAAAAUGACUUCAAAGUGGUAUUUAUUUUUAUAAUACUCUGUGUUUGUUUUAUGCUAAUGACCAUAUAACUAUUUAUUCUUU